CUUAUAGGAUGUAUGUAUGGAGGGUGUGGAGGUAUACCUGAUGCGCUAUAGCCUCUCGGUUCCUGAUCAGACUAACCUAGCAACUUAGAGUCUUGGACAAGGUUGCGUUACUCCACACAAUCUAUUUACCAGCCCUUCAUCUCCAGAUUCUCCACGCCUCCCCGCCAAAAUAGGUUACAAGACAAUAUCCUAUAUAAAUCUUCAUCGACUCCCGUGUUGUCGGUCCUGGGUCCAAGACGGCUCCCCACAUCCCCCGGAUUGCUUAUAGUGAUUUUGGGUCAUUAUACAUCACUUCACUCAACCUUAGUUUCACAUCAUCACUUCAUACUUCAUCUGCUAGACUCCAGCAGGAGUACUUGAGCCAAGAUGGCACCGAGUAUACCGAUUCCCACUCAAGGUGGAAUGUUUCACACCUUCCAAGGAGUGACUCCUCGGAAGCAGUCCACAGACUCUACAGAGAGUACAAAGACAAACGGCAACGGCACAGCUAAGCGUAUUACUACACCACAUGCAUGCGCUGAAUGCAAGCGUAGGAAGAUUCGAUGUGAUGGCCAACAACCAUGUGGUCAAUGUCUCUCAAGUCGAGCUCCUAAGCGAUGUUUUUAUGACAAGCACCGCCAAAGAGUGAUCCCAUCAAGGAAGACUCUUGAAGCAUUAUCACAAUCUUUAGAGGAAUGUCGGUCAAUUAUCAAGCGGCUUUUCCCAAACCACGAAGUUCAGUCACUUUUACCCUUACCUCGCCAGGAGCUGCUUAGUCUCCUUGACCGACCACAGAUCGACGCAGCCGCGGGACUUCCAUCACCACCGCUACAUACUUCUCCUAUGCCUGGCGACAUUGGCUCGCCUUCUCUCUCCGGGUCUGACCAGGGUCUUUCCAGCUUAGAACAAAUACCAUCUCGAGAUAUCGAAUGGGACGAGGAACGCCGAGGACGAGACCCUAUACCCGUCGAAGCUGACGAUGUCAAUGCGCUUUCUCUAUCGGUCGACCGCCAAGCAUCAUAUCUGGGCGCCUCAUCUAUCAAGGCAGCACUCAUGGUGAUGCUAAAAGUCCAGCCGGGCCUCCGAAGCUCCCUCACACCACCGCUCAACAGCGUAGAGAUGGCACACAAUCUUCCGAUUAUGAGGCAAAAAGUCACGAAUCCUAAAGAGCCUCAACGAGUGCCAUGGUCAUGGAAAGGCCAAACAUUAAUCGACGCUUACUUUAAGCGAGUACACGUAUUUGUUCCGAUGCUAGAUGAGGCUUCGUUCAGAGCAGACUACCUUGAAGGACAACGAUACGACGCCCCCUGGCUCGCACUUCUUAACAUGGUUUUCGCCAUGGGAUGCAUUGCCGCUCUCAAAUCCGACGACUACAACCACCUGAACUACUACAGCCGGGCCAUGGAAUACCUUCCCAUGGACUCUUUCGGCGGCAGCCACAUCGAGACUGUCCAAGCCCUAGCAUUAAUAGGAGGAUACUAUCUACACUACAUUAACCGACCCAACAUGGCAAACGCCGUCGUUGGUGCUGCUAUCAGGAUGGCGAGUGCUCUCGGACUCCACCGAGAAAGCCUGGCUCACGGCCCUGCCGGUACGAGCAAGGAAAUUGCAGCCGCAGAAACGAGAAGACGUACUUGGUGGAGUUUGUUCUGCCUCGAUACUUGGGCUACAACUACCAUGGGCCGCCCGUCGUUCGGCCGAUGGGGCCCUGCCAUCAACAUCCGCCCACCAGAGACUGGCGUUACCUCUGCACGAGACUCGGCCCAGCACGCAGGUAUCCUACCUCUCAUUGAGAACAUCAAGUUCUGUAAAAUUGCCACUGCCAUCCAGGACAUGCUGGCAAUUUCCCCCCUACUACGUGCCGAGGACCGCUGCAACCUCGAUGGCCAACUGGUCAACUGGUUCAGUAACCUACCUUGGCUACUACGCACCAGUGACCCCUGCGCCGAACCCCUGUACAUCGCCCGCUGCAUCAUGAAGUGGCGCUACCAGAACCUGCGUAUGCUACUGCACCGCCCAGUCCUUCUGAAUUUAGCCAGCAGUGGCGCAUCACACGCUGCCGAGCAUGACAUCGCCGCCAUCGAGGCAUGCCGCGACUUAGCUAAGCAGACCAUCGAGGAUAUCUCCCGCGAGUGGUCGCGCAACCAGAUGUCCGGCUGGAACGCUGUCUGGUUCUUGUACCAGGCCGCUAUGAUCCCGCUCGUCUCUAUCUUCUGGCAGUGGGACAGCCCCCGCGUGCCCGACUGGCAGAAGCAGAUCGAGACAAUUCUGGAACUUCUUGAGGCCAUGGAAGACUGGUCGCUGGCAGCUCGCCGCUCCCGCGAGGUCGUCUGGCGCAUGUACGAGGCAUCGCGGCAAUUGGAGCCCGCUAUUUUGAGGCAGCAAAGUCCCAUGCAGAGGCUACAAGUUGUAACUGACCAUGCCGCCAUCAUGAACCCCAUGGGUGACGGCUCGGAAAUACACAUGUCGCCUAUCGGCCUCGAACCCGAGGGCUUCGGUGGCAUGAUGGGCAUGCUGGACCAGCACGGCCUGUGGGACCUGGACGGCAUGCUCUGGAGCGCGCCCGACGAGAUGGAGUGGGCACAGCAACACAUCGCCGGCAACGGCAACAUGCACGACGGGACACCGGCGGGUGGCUGCGGGAUGAUGGGCCAGCUCGGCGCCUACGGCAUCGAUAAUCCAGCAUUUUCAUUCGUCCACUAAUUACCCCCUUGGAUUACCCCUUUGGGUGACUGGUCAAUCAUGUUGCGUGUACGAGAGACAAGAGACACAUGGCCACGCGGCUAUUAUUACUACUGCUACUAUUACGACGAUCGGUUGGGGUUGAUUUUCUGCACUUCUGGUUGGCUAUUCGGGAGCAAAGAGACAAAAAAAACUUUUUCUCUACUCAAUUUUUCUUUCCUUUCUAUACUUUGUCAACUUUUAGGGGUCCAUGAUCGCCAUUCACCUCAUGCAUGUAUGUUUCA